AUGCAAGGAACGGUGACGACGGUCCAGGAAGACAGUGACUGGAACAUCAUAGACUCCCGCUACAAGCGACGUAAGAGGUCCAACAUCUUCUUCACCAAGACCAACGUCUUCACUCCGUCCAGUCAAGUCCAACAACUGGAAUAUUUUGAUCACUUUGCUUGUCCAUUUCAGGUAUACAUAUUCAAGAGAGGAGACGAGACCCGGAUGGAGGUGGAAUGGGUAGGCCUGGGCAGCCAGCUGGGCAGUGGGUAUGGGCAUGCGGUGGCCGCCGGGGACGUUACUGGGGAUGGCUGGAGCGAGCUCUUGGUGGGGGCACCAUUGUAUGCCCCCAACAUCGCCGCCCAAGGGAGUAAAGCGGAGACAUCGGAGGCGGGCAUGGUGGUAGUGUACGGGCGUGGAGGCGUGGGCGACCUGCGGGAGGUGGGCGUGCUGCAGGGGGCCCCCCUGGCCCCAGGGGCAAGGUUUGGCUCCACCAUCAGCGUCGUCGGGGACUUGGACCGUGACGGGUUUAAUGACGUAGCUGUGGGGGCGCCGUACGAGGACGGUGGCCGGGGAGCAGUGUACAUCUACCGAGGAGGCGCUGACGGACUCCAGACGAAGCUCUCGCAGAAGAUCUUAGCCAGCGACCUGAGUCAGGCUCUGAAGGGCUUCGGGGUCGCCAUCUCCAGGGGCGUCGAUGUCGACCAGAAUGGCUACGUUGAUGUGGGCGUUGGGGCCUAUUCAGGCAGCAAAGGAGCAGCCGCAGUACUGAGGACUCGAACCGUUGCCACAGUAGCAUCACGUGUAGUUUCAACUGUGGCGGUGAUCACAGAGCUCAGAGCGGAAGUUCGUUUAGCACUGUGCUUAACUUACGACGGGAAGCAAGUACAGAAGAGGGUCGGCAUGGACGUUAACGGCACUGUGGAUGAGAACUUGACCCCAAGAGCGACCUUUGUGACCACCAACACCAGUCAUGUCAUCUCUAAGGCCACCCUCGAGCAGGGAGUAGAGACCUGCCUCACCUUUGUUCUUAAUAUGAAGGAAAAUCUGCAAGACUUGGAACGGCCUCUCGAAGUGACCUUCAAGUUCCACUCCGACGAUUUUGACCCAGGGAGGCCUUGGUGCGUGGAGUGUUCGGUGCUGGCUCCCUGGGCCUCCACGAGUGCUAAGAUCUCCUUCCCACUGGCUCUUGGUUGUGGUACUGACGGCGUCUGCAACCCAGACCUGACCAUCACAGCUGCCUGGACCUCUGGCCUAGCGUCAGGCAGGUACACAGUGGGCAGCCUGAACCCCCUGACCAUAACUGUGAAGGUGAAGGCGAGAGGUGAGCCAGCGUACCUGGGGUGGGUGCAGAUGAGCCUUCCCCCCGGCCUGGGCAUCAGAACUCUCCCAUACUCCUGUAAGAUCAUCAACUCCACCACCGCCUACUGUACCUUGCAGAAUCCCUUCUAUCAGCGCGAGGAGACGUUGGAGUUGGAGCUUCAAGAGGAGGAGGGGGAGAUGAAGGGGGUGUUGGGGAUGAGUGUUGGAGGACCAGCUAAGAUGGUGGAGGUUAAGGUGGAGGCUGGAGCAACCGGAACAUAUCCUCAGACCUUGAGUCUUCCACUUCCUCUUUCAUACGACGUACAACUCUCCCUUGAGGGGUAUGCUGAUGUGGAAUAUUACUUCUACGACCCCAACAUCCCGGCUCCGAAGGUCAACUCUGAGGUCACAUUUAAGGCGGAGAACAGCGGUGUGACGGGAGUGACGAGUGUGGUGGUGGAGGUAUUGGUGCCUCUGGCGUACUCUCCUCCCUCAGGUGAAGCCAACGUCACCUUCGGCACCCUCACAAAGCUUCUGGUCAUUCCGGAAGGUGGACUUAACCUGUGUCGCAUGGGUGACCCAGAGACCAUUAUGGGUGGUGUGGGCGUGGGGGUGGAAACAAGCUUCCCGCCCACAGAGACAGAACUGAAGGUGACGUGUGGGAUCGUGGGCGUUGUGUGUGGGCGGGUUUUGUGCACUUUGAGCGGACUUCACCAGGGGCCCAGAGUACUCCUGCAGGCUGAAUAUAACCUCACCAUGCUUAUAACUAGAUAUGGUCCUAACACCACUGUCGGCAUCCACACCUGGGCGAGUCUCACCAACAGCUCCUCCGGCACCAACACAAGGUAAAUCAUAACAUACAAUCCGUAUUGUUAUCGUUAAACACUAAUGGUACAGUCUCCUCCACCUUAGGAUAAGUCAUCAGUUAACACAGUUAUCCAUCACUGUCACCACCACUACCAGUAAGUCACCAGUUAACAGUUAUCCACUUCUACUCCAAGAUGGAGGAAUAGCAAUGUAGGUGCCUACACAGUAAGUCCCUCCAAACCUGUAGUCAAUGCGUCACCUAAAGCUGUGCUCCUAAGACUACUACAGGAUGGAGAAGCUGUUUGUUCUCUCAAGAAGAACACGCCAUCUACCAAUGCCAAACUUACCCUGAUCAUACAUCGAAAGUAAAGCGUCUCAAGGAGCUGCAUAGAUGCACCAGAUGCUUGAAGCAACAUGAUCCCAAUACCUGUGCAACACCAUUGCGCACAUGUAACAGGUGCCAUAAAGGCCAGCACAAGUCUGUAUUGUGUGGAGUCACUAGACCAAAAUCGACUAAACUUCAGGUGAAGCAAGAAACUUCCACCGCCGUGCAGUACUGGAUAGUACGGCAGGAGGUUAAUGUACUUACCAAAAAAUCUGACAACAAUGCCACAUUACCUACUGCACAAUUGCUGCCGUCGAAUAAGAGAAUCAAGAUCACUGCACAUGAUCUCUUCGACUAAGGGUCACAGAAAACGUUCAUCACCUAACAGUUAUCUGAUCAAUUCAAACUCAAAACCCUACGUCAAGUUGAACAUCUCAGGGUUCCUGACAAAUACAGGGCCCCAAGAUUACCUGGCAGUAAGAGUUAUAGUAUGUCCAGGAAGCUAUGCCAGCCCAGUGCAGGCUAUAGUAGUAGACAAAAUCCAUCUGACCUAUAUGUUUAUGGUCUAUUGAACACAGCCAAACUCCCUCUGAGUAAUGGAGUUAAGUUGGCUGACUACAAAAUCAAGUCUGACCACAUCACCAAUGUUUGAAUACUCAUAGAUGCAGACUAUUAUUAUAUUUACAUCACUGUAUGUACCAAACAACAGGGAAUGAACAUGUUAU